AAAGAGGGUUGAUGACAGGAAAUGAGAGACAGAGACUCAACAAAUGAUAACUCGUAACUGCUCUAGAGGUAAUCUGGGGAGUGUUAAAGGCUUGUUAAAUAAUUUGGUGCUUUGUCAGAACACUAGAAGGGACUGACUGAAGAAAUGACACUGAACUGAGAGGUGUCUGGUCUGAUCUGGUCAGCUCUGUUCAGCGCUGCCAGUAGCAGAUUUGGAUUAAGCUAAUGAGCUAGAGGAGUAAUCUCCAAGGAGGGUUACAGAAGCACUUUGUCAGUCCUCCGAAGGGUAGAGGGUUGAAGAUGACUAUCCACAGAAAUUUGAUCACCUUGUGCAGAUACACAGCUCUUUUCUCUAUCAAGGUUUUGAUUUUAGUGCCCUCGAGUUCACUGGUUUACAGCCAAGGAGUUUCCAACAGCAAGGUAAUGGACAUCACCGUACGGCAGGGAGAGACGGUUUUCCUCAGAUGUGAACAGGGAGAUAAGGUGACACACACAGCAUGGCUGAACCGGUCCAGUAUACUGUAUGCAGGAGAAGACAAGUGGUCCGUGGAUCCCAGGGUAAGCCUGGUGACUCUUAAUCAGGAGCAGUUCACAAUCAAGAUUGAAAAUGUGGACAUGACCGAUGAAGGCCAGUAUGUGUGUGCAGUUCAGACAAGCAGCCAACCAAAGACAACCACAGUUCAACUUCUUGUCCAAGUGCCACCAAAAAUCAUCAACUUUUCAAGAGACAUUGUGGUCAACGAAGGCUCUAAUGUCACACUGAUGUGUCAAGCCAGUGGGAAACCAGCGCCUUCCUUCAACUGGAAUUUCAUCUCAAAUUCAGGUGACCUGGCAUCGGAUGGUGGUUAUCUGGAAAUUUUGUCUAUUUCCAGAGAGAGAGCAGGGACAUACGAGUGCACAGCUGUCAACGAUAUCGACACAGAUAUGCAGACUGUAGACAUCACGGUCAAUUAUGCUCCAGCUGUGUCAGAAGGGAGAGAUGUCGGGGUGGCUCUGGGCCAGAAGGGAGUGCUGGAGUGUGAGGCUGAUGCAGUUCCUGAGGCAGAUUUUGAGUGGUAUAAAGAUGACAGAAGGAUGUUCUAUGGCCUUGAUGGUAUGGAAUUUGUCAGCAGUGGAUCACUGUCAAAGCUGACCUUCUUUAAUGUGUCUGAUGAGGACUUUGGAAACUACACUUGUGUUGCCAUCAACAAGCUCGGAAGCUCAAAUACCAGCUUCCUUCUGUAUGUCCAGGAUGGCAGUGGCGCUGAAAAGGCACUAAACACUAAUACUGGUCUUUUUUUGAUAGCUUUGGUGUUCUUUCUGUUCCACGUUUGAAAUUGGAUUUGAAUGCAGUUGCUGGCAUAUGUAAGAAUGUGCUAAAUAUGGUUUGGUACUCCCUUCUUGUAGAUUGUAGGAAUUUUACAGAAAUAUUUGUCAAGCAUGUUGUACAAAUAAUUGUCAUUUGAAUAGAAAUAUUUUCAAGACCAUUUUUUAAAUUACUUCAAUUAUUUUUUAAUAAUGACUAGAUUCAUGAAGACCUUUUUUAUGUACGACAUCUUUAGUUUUGGAAGACAUUUGACUUUUCAUCCAAGAAGCUUUCUCAAAUCAACUAACACUAUCAGGUUCUUGGUGUGGAAAAACUGCUUUGAAACGAGAAGAAACCUCCAGUAUAACCACAACUGGGAUGGGUGGCCUUCUGCUCAGACCAACUGGGGUCUAAGAAGACAGGAAAAGGACAACCACAAAUAGGUUAGACCAGUCAUCAUUUCUAUAUAUUUAUACAUGCAGUGCAAAUAAAAAGCCAGCAGAGUGAGAAAGUGUGGUCAACAUGGCCUCCAGCAGACUUAGCCUAUAGCAGCAUAACCAAAGGGGUGAGCCAGGAUAACCCAAGUUAAGCCUAACUAGACGAUUUAUCAAAACAUGUCUGACACCUAGAAAAAAUGCUGGAAGUGCUGCAGGGGUGUAAAAAAUUAUCUGGUACUCUCCCUGGUGCUUUUCAGCCAAGGGAUCCACAUGAAUGUAUAGCAAAAAGAGGUCUGAGGCACUCAGGAGAUCGAAAGAAAAAAGCCUUUAUUGACACAUGGCUUAAAUGGUUAAAAACUUUCUGCCGAGGUAAUUUCACAUUUGUGAGUAUUUCUCCUUUUAAUAGGAUUUUUCAGAAUGUAAAAGUUUUUUUUGUGCAAUACUGGUCAUCUAAUCAUGAUGCUGUCUACCUGCCCAUCUUCAGCAGGUGUCACUGAUUUGUCGUCUUUACAAGGAAGUGAGAGGACCUACAAACAUUUUGAGCCCUGACGAAGGCCCUGUGGGCUGAAACGCGUCGGCAGAAAGUUUUUAACCAUUUAAGCCAUGUAUCAAUAAAGGCUUUUAGCUUUCCAUCUCCUGAGUGCCUCAGACCUCUUUUUGCUAUACAUGUCUGAAACCUAGUCCUAUAAAGACAGGGUAUCUGCCUCACACAAUGGAUCUGGAAGCGAGUGGCCUGGGGACUGAAAACUGUGCCUCCCAUUCUACGUCUCUCCAGAGUCUGAAAGUCAAGUGCUCAGCUGGGAACAUCUAGAACAAGAAGAUGCAACAGAUAAUGAAGUAAUGCUAAAACGGGAAAAGUCUAGUCUCUUCUUCUGACUCAUCUUUAAGAAAACCUUUAGAACACCCUGAUAAUUCAAAAUUGCAGUAACUGUCUAGAAGAAAGAUGCACAGUGUGUCUUUUGAAAGCACUUUGGCAUGGUGAGGAGGGAAUAUUGCAACACUGGUGCUGCCAAGCCAAGCGUGAAACAACAGCAGACUUCUGAAUGAAGUGCUAAGCUAACGCCAGCAAUGGAUAGGUAUAUUCACAUGGGACAGCAGUAGUUCAGGAGGUAGAGCAGGUUGUCCCGUGAUUGGAAGGUUGAAGGUUCAACCCCGGCUGACAAGAGAAUGCUGAUGUUGUGUCCUUGGGCAAGAUACUUAACCCACAUUGCCGGUGGUUGGAGGGACCGGUGGCGCCUGUGUUUAGCAGGCCACACCUCUGUCAGUGUGCCCCAGGGCAGCUGUGGCUACAUCGUAGCUCAAUACCACCAGCGUGUGAAUGGGUGAAGGAUGGAUUGAGUUGUGAAGCACCUUGGGGGGUUGUAGUACCCUAUGAAGGCGCCAUACAAAUUCAGGCCAUUUUACUUAUUUUAAUUUCCGGUAGUGCCGAAUAUUCAGAUUUUUAUUUUACUUCCACAGAAUGAAAAUCUCCAUUAGAUAUUACAGAAAACUGGGUCAGCUCAGGCUUGGCACCUCCACAAACGCUCACACACGCUGUGACUGACUUCUGUACGCAAGCGGAUGUCGAAAGCUAUUGGCUGAUGAAGAGUGGCGGUUACAUAAUUCUAGCUUAUAGAUAUGGAUGUAUGGUCUGGCCACGACCCGUUGACAGAGCUCAGUCGCAGCGCAGAAUUUACUAAUUUGACCAAUCCCUGUGGGGGGCGGUGCGCUGCAGCAGAGGCUGGGCUAGGGAACUAAGCACAUCCGUCGUAGUUGUUUCGCUUCCUUGCAUCAUCCUGCCCACCAAACCGAUAGAGUGCUGUGAUUGUCCAGACACAAGACUGGCCAGGCCUGUUGAGGCUCCAGUGGAGCGUGGCUAGUCAGACCUGCAGACCAAAAUCAUUUUGCUUCCAUUACUGGGUCUAAAUUUCUAGGCCAACAUAAUUCCUGACAAGAGGGGAAAACUGCAGAUUUCUGCUUGAAGACUCAACUCUAACAUUUAAGAGCUUUUCACAAAUAACUGCAAACCCGAGUUUAUUGUUCAUCUCUAAACGUCGGACUUGUUUUACCCAUUUACUCACUAAAUGAUUUAUUCCUCAGUAGGGUCACAGGGAGCUGGUGUCUUCUCAACAUCCAACUUAAAGGCUGCUGGAGUUAGACAGCUUGAACAGGUUGCCACUACUGGGCCACAUGGAGACAAACAAGCAUUCACAGAGGAGUUACCAGUUUUCCAAACAUGCAGUUUUUCUCUGUGAAAAAACACAAUACCCAUGAAAACCCCACAAACCAUCUCCACAGACAUACAACAAGACAGCCAGGUCCCCACUGGUCCACAUCUAGAUGGCAACUCACAUUCUGAGCAUAAGGGGCACUCUGUGAGGUCAGUAAUGUUCACAGCUUGGAAAGAGAAGGCAGACGUUUAGAAACAGGAGUAAAGGCUCACCUGAUGUAGAAAUAACUCCUAAAAGAGAUGAGAAAGCUCUCAGAUGAAAAGUAGCUCCAAUUUGGUUUCAAUAGUAAAGUGUUUUAAUUUUGUUUUGGUUUCAUCUCUAGGAAAGUGGGGAGGGAGAUUAAUGUAAAAUACCUCAAAAUAAAAGUGUCUGUGUUCUGUAAAAUGUCAACGGUGUCCAUUGGGAAUGUUUGGUUCUUCUUUUGAGCACAAAUAAUGUACUGAUAGUGUUCUGCAGUUCAAUAGUUAAUUAAAUGUAACAUGUUUAAAUAUGCAAUCAUUUACAAAUAUAUUCCAGUUUUACUUGUUUUGUUGUGCUUUAAUCAUACGACUUUAAAUAACAACAUGGAGAAGAAAAUUAUGUAAAUAUUAGAAAGAAGUAACUCAAAUGAUGAACAUAUUUAUAUCCAUGUCCAAGUAUUUGGCACCUUUACACAUAGAUUAUAAAUGUUUAACCCUUAUGCACUACUAGGGCAUUUGUGUGACAGACAUGUUUUUGUGAAUAGUUUUGGCUGUGCUUAAGAAAUGUAUCCAUUUUUAUUUUCUCGAAAGGAUGUGUAUUUGGGGGGAAUUACCCCCCCCCCCAAAAAAAUAAAUAAAAAUAUUCCCUUACUCCA